AUGCCCAACAGCCCCAUCUUUCAAACCGUACCGGUCGAGAAGCGUGAGCAGGGCGAGCAUGUGACCAUGGCAUCACUCGGUCGACACGUCGCCGACCCGCUCUUCAAGGCCCACCGCGACACGUGGAUCACCGAGGCCGACAUCAAGGAGAUUGCGUCCUACGGCCUCAACACGGUGCGCGUGCCCGUCGGGUGGUGGAUUUACGAAGAUCCCAACGACCCAGCGUGGGAGAGCUUUUCGCCCGGCGGUCUGGCGUACCUCGACAACCUCAUCAACAACUGGGCUGCGAAAGCCAACGUCGCGGUGCUCGUUGGCAUGCAUGCAGCCAAAGGCUCGCAGAACGGCGAGGGCCACAGCGCCCCACCAAAACCCCGCGAGUCCCACUUCACCAACGACGCCGAAAACGUCUACGCCACCAUGCAGUCGGCCCUCUUUCUCAUGAACCGGUACAAGUCGAGUCCGGCGUUCAUCGGUCUCGAGAUGCUCAACGAGCCAUCCGUUCACGCAGACCGCGUCUACAACAUUGACCGGAGCAAGGUCAAGCUCUACUACAAGCACCUCUACACCAAGCUACGGUCCAUCUGCGCCGACUGCGUCAUCAUGCUCUCGCCGUACUUGAGCGAACAGUACGAGUCGUUUGGGAACGAGUGGGCCAACCUUCUGCCGGCAGCGACCAACAACUGGAUCGACUGGCACAAGUACCUCAUUUGGGGCUUUGAGAACUGGAACGUCAACGACAUUAUCAACGUCGGGACGCAGUGGAUCGCCAACGACAUUACGCUCUGGCAGAGCAUGCGGCCGACGCCCGUCUUCGUCGGCGAGUGGAGCCUUGCGACGAUGAACAACGCCAAGGCCGGCUGGACCUACUGGAGCUGGAAGAUCGACUCGUCGGACUGGAGGACCUUUGGCUGGAACAUGCAGUCGCUUUUGAGGAAGGGCACAAUCAAGUUGCACGGUUUUGUGUAA